AUGGUUGCAAAGGUACCAUCUGUUGCAAAUCCAAUGGAGCCAACAGUGAGGAUGGGGCUUGAAGAUAGGGUUUCCCAACUUGGCUGUGGGUGUUGGGUUGCUGGCCAUGCAUUUGUAUCCUUGCAAGGCUCUGGCAAGGCGGGCAGCAUCAAAGGCGGUCAUGGGUUGGCCAAGAUCAAUGUGAAGGGACUUGAGAACAGCAAGGUUGCACAUGAUGGUUUGGUAGGCCUUGGAGGCAUGAUGGAGCUGGCUGGCCCAUUUGAUGAGCACAUUGGUGGAGGCUGGGAGGGUGUGGAGAAGUCACAAGGUGUUGGAGGCGAAGCUGUUAAAGUCAUUGCAGGUGGUGUUGGAACAAGAUUGGGUGCUGGCCGCCAAACCAUUCCAUAG